AUGCAGCUUACAUCGGAAUAUCCCCGCACAAGCAAGAGAGAGAGAGACAGCGCGAGAGGGAGACAGCACCGAUGAGCCUUCAACGCACUUUCUCUCCUGCGCGAGAGGCGGAGCGCUGCCUCGAGACAGCGGCGAGCACCGGGAGCAGUCGCGCGCACCAGCUGCGAAAGAGAGCCAUGUCAGUGCUCCUGCCUCGUUCCUUGGGCGAGCUUCAACUGUACCGGAUCCUGCAGAAGGCAAACUUGCUCUGCUACUACGAAGCCUUCAUCCAGCAAGGCGGUGACGAUGUGCAGCAGCUCUGCGAGGCUGGCGAGGAAGAGUUCCUCGAGAUCAUGGCCCUUGUCGGAAUGGCGACUAAACCCCUCCACGUUCGGAGGCUCCAGAAGGCUCUACGGGAUUGGGUCACCAACCCUUCCCUCUUCAACCAACCGCUGACAUCUCUUCCCGUUUGCAGUAUACCAGUGUACAAGCUACCUGAAAGUUCCCCAGGCAUCCACAGCAACGGGCAACAGAACCAGCUCGCGGUUCCCAGGGCGUUAUUACCCACAAGCCCCAGUCCUGGAAGGCUGGAUCUCAGCAGGGACGGGACGCCAGGCUGCUCCCCACUGCAAGGGGCUAGCGAGAGUCGCUUCUGGGGAAGCGAAAGUGAACACAGCCUGUCUCCUUCUGGAGCCUGUUCCCCGUGUUCUCCACAUGACGCUCUCGAAACUCUCGAUUCUGUCGCCAUCCAGUGCGUGAUGGAGUGCGUAGAGCGACUAGCCCAAACAUUGCCCAAGAGCAACCCCACAGAAGUCAAAGAACACGUCCGCGCCAAUAAGAAGUUCAGUAAGAUGAUCGGCCACAUCUGCGAGAUGAACGAAGACGAUCCGCAGAAGGAGGCGGAGAUUCGGAAAUACAGCGCCAUCUAUGGACGGUUCGAUUCCAAGAGGCGGGACGGCCGGCAACUUACGAUGCACGAGCUAACGGUGAAUGAAGCGUCCGCUCAGCUGUGCAUGAAAGAUCUAUCGCUGCUCACCCGAAGAGACGAGCUUUUCACGCUGGCCAGGCAGAUUUCACGUGAAGUUACCUACAAAUACACCCGCAGGAGCAACAGGUCCCACUGCGGUGAUGAUGAUGAACCAUCUCCCAAGAGAAUCAAAUCUGAGGAUGGUGUCUACGAUCUACAGGAGGCCCUUCAGGUUCUUCAUACGCGCCAGGAGACGGUGAGGGAGCAGCUCACAAUUGCCAAAUCUAAAGGAGACGAGACAAUCAGACAUAGUCUACAGGUACAGCUGGACUCUCUGCUGGCUAAGCAGGUGGAGCUCUUGCGUGAUGCUGCCGUUCAGGAGAGAUUGAAAUCGCUGGACUGGCGGAUUCCAACUGCGGCACUGAAAUACCUCACUCCCACCGCUCAGCACUGCAACAGCGGUCUCUCACAUCUCUCUGGCGAGAGACCCCUAAACUUGCGUCUAAGUGAUGUUCCACUGGGCAGGCAAUUGGCCAAUGAGCUGAAGCGACAUCACAAACAGAACGCAGAGGAACGACAUCAUAAUCAGCAGAACUCUGAAGAGAGAAUGACGGCAGCCACAGAAAACGGGUCUCAAAAAGAGCCGAGGCUUCUGGACAAGAAGACCAUCAAAUCAGAACCAGAGGACUCCAGAUAACAUCUUCAGCCUCUGAAUAAAACCUGCGUUUUGUUUGCUCAGUGGAUUUAGUACUGAAACUGUGUGGCCUUAAGAACUGUAAAUGCCUAGAGAUCAUUUUAUUUAGAUUUUUAGUUUUUAAGAAUUAUUUUUAUUUCUAAUUUUAGAACAAAAAACAUGCAGUCGGUGUAUACAGGGAAAUUGUCUAAGAGUGUAUUUGUGACUGUGCAUCUUUUUGUACAUAAUCUGUGUUUGUUUAUUUGAUUGCAUGUCUUAUUCGUAAAGUAUUUUUAUUUAAUCUAUUCGUUAUUCAACGGAAGCACUCUCCAACUGAAGUUUCGUAGAAAACGGUUGUGUAGUCCUUAGAUUAGUUGAUAAUUUUAAGGUUAAAUGAUGACAUUCAUCUGUUCGUAUCGGUUUGUCAGUGAGGAUGAACUUAACGUGUACUUUGUAAAAGAAUACUGAAUAUGUAGAAUUAGAUUUGUGUGUUUUUGUGAUUGCGUCACUUUAGAUGUUAGUACUACAAAAAAGUGUGUUCUUUAUUUGCUACCAGCAACUCUAGCCUUACGGCCCAUUCAAACCAAGAACGAUAACUAUAAAGAUAACGAUAUAUCGAUAAUUUUUAUCCACACCAGUGGGUGAUAUCUUUCUAAUAAGUGCAUGCUGCAGUUUUGUCAUCUGCCACUUUAAAUUCUAGAGUUCUUUAAAGCCUGGUGGACUCUGAUCGGCUGUCAUUGUUUUUAUUGUUUAUCUGCUGAAGAAAAAAAUCAUUCUAAAAAGUGAUUCCAACGACAUUGUUGUGGUGUGGACUCUGCUAUUCUUUUAUAUUUAGAACUAUAUCUUUAUUGUUAUGGUUAUAGUUAUCGCCCUUGGUGUGAACAGGCUUUGAUUCUCAGCAUACAACAUUGUAUAUCUCACUGUCGUUAAACGUUAACUGUUACAUUGUGACUGUGAUUUUUUCUUAAAAAAGUUUUUUUUUCUUCACACUUGGGUGAUUUGUUAGUUAGCUGUGCUAGUCUGUUGCGUACUGGUCUUUUUCUGUGUACAUUUGUCGUGUUUCACUCUUUUGUGUCUUGUCUUUGUGAAAUUGUUUUACAAAUAAAAACCAAACUGGAACAACGUA